GAGGCAACGCCGCCUGGUCGUGCCGUUCCAUUUUACUGCUUAACUCAACCGGGAGUGUCGGGACCUAUCCUCUCCCGGCGUUCUCCAGGCACUAUCCUGGGAGGCCAGUCACUCCAUAUUCCCUGGACAGCCAGGUUUGGUGGAAUAGGGUGUUCUGCCCUUCAUGGUGACUUCCAAAAGAUACCACCAGUGUCUUUUGACAGUACAGCGCCUAGGGAGGGACGCGGAGAAGAGGCUUUGGUUGCUAAAUUGCUUACUGUUUUCUUUUCUUCGGGUUAUCUGGAUUUGUUUCCUCCCCACACCCCCGCUCCCUUCUCUCUCCCUUCCCGCCAUUAGCAAAGUGUCACAGGCUGCUUGCUUGCCUGUGUUCGAUGCUGGAACUCGCACGUUCUCGGUGGUGACUGUACUAGGGGCGUGGGGGAGUGCAGCGGGGUUCCCUUCCAGCCCGCGAUGCCUAGAGGGGCAGCGGUUGGGCUGCGUGGGGCUCUGCCCACAGCAUUUCCAGGCGGGAUUGAGGGGCUGCUGCUGGCCAGGAGGAGCUAAGUGGCUCGCGUUGACGGCGCAAAGUCUCCGGGAGGGCACCAGCGGCGACUUAUCUGCGAACAGCGGGAGCGGCUGCACCGGGAGCAAGGAACCCCGGCAUCUUGCCCGGUGAGAUCGGCGGAGGUCAGAUCUCUCUUCAUUCCCGCCCUGAGCCUUCCCAGCAACUCCUGUACAUUGGAGACCCCGGGACCUCGGAGAGCCAGGGAACUCGAGAAGUACUCGGCGGAGGCUGCUUUCCUGAAGGUGAAUCGUUCUGUCCAAUUGCCUUUCCCGAGAGAGCAGGAGGGAGGGCGGGAGAGACCGAAGGGAGUCUGUGUGAGGGUGUGUGUGUGUGAGAGGGAGAGAACGUGAGGCGAGAGGAAAAGUCUCGACUCGGCAUUUAAAGCAAACAAAUCCGAGAUGGAGUAAGAGCCGUAAUUGCUGCAAGGCCGCCUUGGUUCUCGCAGUUAGGGAAUCUGAGCGCUCCGCGCGCUUCCGGAGAGGACAGCGGGGCGACCUCAGGCGCUGCCAACAGCUGCGGGACUUUGGCUUUUCCUCAGUAAACAAAUCUUUGAUUAGUUUGACACUGGAGUAAAGAGGGAGACAAAAGAGACGAGGCUCACGCCCUCUACCCGCUUUGGCCGUGGUGAUUCCUGUUUGGAUGUCAAGAGAUUCCUGAACCCUCUUUGCCAUCGGGGGAGGCAAUACACGCGCGCGCGCGCGCACACACGCACGCUCAGGCCACACUCACAAGUCCUUCACUAGCACACACCACCAGGCUUCGAUUCCCUAUGCCCCUGGAUGGUGACAGCGGAUUGGCAUCUUGGAAGAGAUGCAAGAGCGCUAAGGCUGCCGUUGGCCCGCGGAAGCUGCAGGAGCAUCGCUAGGUGUUGGCGCCACCGGGAAGCCCGGCUGCAGGAUGAGUAAGAGAUACUUACAGAAAGCAACAAAAGGGAAACUGCUAGUAAUAAUAUUUAUUGUAACCUUGUGGGGGAAAGUUGUGUCCAGUGCAAACCACCAUAAAGUGCACCAUGUUAAAACGGGAACUUGUGAGGUGGUGGCACUCCACAGAUGCUGUAAUAAGAACAAGAUAGAAGAACGAUCACAAACUGUCAAGUGCUCCUGUUUCCCUGGGCAGGUGGCAGGCACCACGCGAGCUGCUCCAUCUUGUGUGGAUGCUUCAAUAGUGGAACAGAAAUGGUGGUGCCAUAUGCAGCCGUGUCUUGAGGGAGAGGAGUGUAAAGUUCUUCCAGAUCGGAAAGGAUGGAGCUGUUCCUCUGGAAAUAAAGUGAAAACAACUAGGGUAACCCAUUAACCAAGGAUAUAUCAAGUGAUCCUCAAGGCUGAACAUAUGCAUAGAAACUAAACUCCUGAGGUGAUCUUGAAGGAAGACUUUUAUACCAUUCAGAGCAGGCCCUGCAGAGUCUGUUCCUUCCAAGGGAUUUCAUGGCUUGUAAUCAGCCUCUUCUUGAUACCAAGACUCUUAAAAAGUUAGACAUGAACUUCUAUGUCAUGAAGAUUUUGUCACAUUUGAACUGUGUUCAACCUGAAAAAUUGCCCUUGCUGACCGAUUUUGAAGUUGCCAUCUGCAGAGUUGGUGAAGAGUUGGUGUUUCCAGGGUGAUGUCAGAGACACUCACCUUUUGUGCUCUUGGAUCCAGGUGUGACUGCUUUUCUCAUUUCUGAGAGCAAUUUCCCACAUGCACUGGCUUUCUGGCGUGGAUGUGUUCCUGGGUCCUGUGUUCUUGGCUAGUGGGACUGCACACGGCUUUGCUGACAUUUCCUUUGCAGAACUUCUCUGGCAUGGCAUAGACUGAGACACUUUUAUUUGUAUCCUAAUCUUGGCACUCCAAAAAGCCUACAUAUUUUAACACCUUGAAGUUGCUUUUGUUAAAAGAAUGGAAAGAUAUAUCCAUUGAUAAUAAUUAUUGUUGGCAAGUAAUAGUUAUGUGACUACAUCAAUCAUGUAAGAAUGCAUAGACAAGCUGACAUGUUUCCCCAAGGCUAACACACUAUUGCAGCUCUCUGUCAGUUAAAUAAGUAAUAGUUAGAACUGGAUUACCAUUUUCAUCAUAUACUAUUUUGUACCUCUAGAGCACUCCCUUUCAGGUUUUUUUUAAUGUGGGCGUUGUCUUUAUUUUUUUAUGUUUAAUUUUUCCCUUCACAGAAAUCAGCAGUGAGCAGUCAAGUUAUGGGUAGUGUUCACUUUCAAAAAAUUGCCAGGGAUGCAUGUAAGUUUCUGAUUUCUGACCUUGAGAAUUAUUCAGUUGUAUUUCUUCCAGUAUUUUUUAAAACUUUCCUUUGUUUAUGUCUCAUUUCAAAAGACUGUCUCUUGCUUGAUCCCAAUGACUGUCUGAAUGCUUAUAUAUUUGUUUGUUCAGUCUAUCAAUAGAAUAAAUUGUUCAUCUUCCUUGCUCUCAAAUUUAUACAAUAUUUAUUUAUAGUUGUCCCAUUUAAGCUAUUUCUUAGGCUAGUAUCUUGUUGACAUUUUCAUAGCCAUUUUAACAUUUGUGGUUUUCGGUUCUACAGAAAAGUCUUAUGAAUAUUUAAAGGCCUUAAACAUAUAUGUACUUUUUUCCUAAGUUAUUACAGGAUGCAUAAUUUUAUACUACCUUAUUUUGUUUCAUUUGUGAUGUGAAGGAAGAAAAGAAAGGAAAUAGCAUAGCCAUUCUCUAAUAAUGUUGCAAAACCCAUAGUUUGAAGUAAUAUAAAGGGAGGGACUUUGGUAUUUUACUUUUCCUAGACAAAAUAGGAAGAUGCUUCAGAUGUUGUCCUAUUGGAAGUUCUAUCAUGUUAGAGAAAGCGUGAAAAUCCUUUGUAUCUUUAAAACUCACUGACUUGGCCGAUAAUAUAUACGUAGGUUUCUGUGUUGGAGGUCUACAUACCCUGGAGAGCUUUGGUCUGUUACUGUUUGUAACACGUUUCAAAAACCAGUUCAUUACCCCAACUGUUUUAUGGGCAGGAAAAAUUGGUGGGUAAAAUUUUUUAAAAUUUAAAUUUGAAGAGUAUACUUUUAACAUUGAACUAAAGUCCCCACAAAUCCAUGGAGUGAAAUGACUUCUUGCCUCCAUUUUAAUUAUGUAUGAAACUAAUUAGAUAGCUCCAAAUGGAUCUUGAAACAGUUCAAGAUGGUAUGAAAUCAUAAAGAAAAUAAUAGCAGUUGUACUGAAGUUUCUGCAACAAUUGAACUAUCAGUUUCUUUGGAACAAAGUGGAAAAAUAUAUUAUUUGGAAAUUACAAAUUUUUCCUAGGUUUGUUUGAAA